AUGGUUAUUCGAGAGUUAGGUGUCCCUCAUAUCUGUCAGGAAAAGAUUUCUAGGCUCGAUAGACCUUUUACGGAUGGUGAUAUUAGGUCAGCGAUGUUUUCUUUAGGAAAUUCGAAAUCACCAGGUCCAGGCGGAUUUAAAGAAGCAUUUUUUAAACUGCAUUGGGAUAAGGUCGGAAGAUCGGUUUGUGAUGCAGUCAAGAGUUUUUUCAAUUCUGGGUAUUUACUGAAAGAAUGGAACCAUUCUAUUUUGGUUGUGAUUCCAAAAAAAGACAUCCCAGAAGAAGUAGGCCACUUGAGGCCGAUCAGCCUUUGCAACACAAUUUAUAAAUGUGCUUCGAAGUGCAUGGUUACAAGAAUGAAGCCUAUUAUUCCUUCAAUUAUUUCACCAUCGCAACAUGCUUUCAUUUCGGGAAGAUUCAUGUCAGAUAAUAUACUGGUGAGUCAUGAAAUUAUUGAUAAGAUUAAUCAUCGCAGAAAAGGUUCUAGUUACCUUGCCACAGUGAAGAUUGACAUGAGUAAGGCAUACGAUAGAGUUUAUUGGGAUUUUUUGUUGAAAAUUUUAAGGGCAUAUGGGUUUCCGUCACAUUGGAUUCAGUUAGUUCAUCAGUGUAUCUCUACUGUUUCUUACAAGGUGUUAAUCAAUGGAGAUACGUCUGAACAGUUUAAGCCCAAUUGUGGCAUACGUCAGGCUUCUGAGGCAAGUUGUAUUCAAGUUAAAUCCAUUAUUGGUAGGUUUUGCGCAAUUUCGGGGAAGCAACUAAAUCUUCAAAAAUCUCAUUUUAAAGUGAGCCCGAAUACACCUUCAGGGAUAAGGCAGCAGUUCAAGCUUAUUUUCCAGAUGGACUUAGUUCCUUCUCUGUCAACUCACCUGGGAGUUCCUAUUGAUUUGUUCUUCUGGGCGAAUAAAGGAAAAUCAGGAAUGCAUUGGGUUAACAAGUAUACUGUUCAACUCCCUAAAGGUAUGGGAGGACUGGGAAUUAGGGGAAUGGCUUCGUUAAAUAAGGCCCUUUUGAUGAAGCAAGCAUGGCGGUUGUUUAACAAUCCACAAUGUAUUUUAGCAGGGAUUUGUGGAAGUAGAUUUCCUCCCCCUUUGCAAACAGGGGUACCUGCUCAGGUAGUGGGUAAGGGGUUUUCUUGGGGUAUGCGAGGACUCUGUAGGGCAAGUAAUUUGCUCCUUAAAGGUUGUAUUUGGAAAGUUGCUUCGAAUUGGAAGGUUAACCAUUUUAUUGAUCCAUCUGGUACAAGUUGGAAUCAUGCUAGGAUCAAUGCUAGUUUUAAGUUUGAAGAUGCUCUCCACAUUUUCACGGUUAAAUCUGCUUAUGCAAUGCUAGCACAAGAUGAUAUGUCGAUCAGCUAUAACAGAGCUCCCUCGGAAUUCUAUAAAAAUCUAUGGUCUCUUAAGAUUCCACCAAAAUGGACAUUAUUUAUAUGGAAACUUCUCCAUAAUGGAAUUGCAACCAAAUCCAACCUACAAUCUAGAGGUAUUCAAAUGGCGGAUGAUUGUGAUUUUUGUGAGAAUGGAGAAGAAAAUAUUCAGCACAUCUUUCGCUUCUGUACCAUAGAGCAACAAGUUUGGAGGGAUGGAUUUCUUGCAAUCCAUUCAGAAUUCAAGGAAACCAUUUCCUUUGAGGAUUGGAAUAACCGUGUCUUCAAGAGUGAAACAACUUUCGUAGCUUCUGUGUUUGCUUUAAUCAAGGAUGGUAUGGAUAUGCAGGAAGUUUUCAUUAGUGACAUCGGUAAUUCACUACAGUUCCUACAUCCACCUGAAGUUGAUCAAGAUAUUCCGCCGGGGUUUUUCAGAGCUAUUCUUUCCACUGAGAGUAUUGAGAAUUCACCAGGUCUUAUACAGGUGGACGGCUCUUGGCAUAAGAAUAAUCACAAUGCAGGAAUAGGCUGGUUUUGGGAGAAUAGUUUGAGGACUGAUGAUUUGCUUAUGGGGGGAGCUUCCUCGGCUAGUGCAAAUGCUGGUAAAGGAAACCUCUCAGGAUAUGCAGAUACAUUGGACUUUGGAAGAUAUCAGGACCCUAGGUAA